AUGGAUGAGCCGCGAGUUUUAGCAAUGUUACCCGAUGUUAUCAACGGGAAAACUCAAGCAGAACUUUUGAAGGAGCUCAGAGAGUCGUGCGGUCAACAAAAUUGUUAUGAAUUAGAAGGAAUGAAGUUUUCUUGGGUUAUGCCGCGGUCUGCAUUUGAAGGCAUCAAGACAUUUGAAGUGCGAGAUGACGACGUGUUUGUUCCUGCUUAUCCAAAAUCAGGUAGCCAUUGGCUUAUUGAAAUUGUGAAAUACAUUCAAAGCGAGGGUAAUGACAAUUUCGACCGCUCCUUCAUGAAUACUGCCAUGGAAGUAGUAUCUAUGAAAUCACCCGAGAAAGACGAGACCAACGUCCCUGGUUAUAAAAUCAUGGAAACUUGGGAGUCUCCCAGAUGCAUGUCCACUCACUGCCAUGCGCGGUUCCUUCCUACGAAAGUGUGUGGAUCAAAAGCUAAGGUUGUCUACUUGGCACGAAAUCCUAAAGACACCUUUGUCUCCUUCUUCAACUUCAUGAAAGAAUUUUUGCUGCCAUCAUUUCGCAACUGGGAUGCUUUCUUCUUUUCGCUGUUCACUGGAACCACAUUGGGAGGAUCUUGGUUUGAUCACGUGCUCGGUUUCUGGGAACGUCGAAAUGAUGAGAAUGUCUUAUACAUGAAAUAUGAAAGUAUGCACAAGGAUCUGAGGGGCUCCAUCUGCAAAAUAGCAAAGCAUCUUGAUAAGGACCUCUCUGAUGACGUCAUCGAUUACAUCACGAAGAAAACUACCUUUCACGGGAUGAAGAAUACUUAUCAACAACUAGGGAUGGGAGAGGAGGCACAAAUGCGGACGAAACACAUAGGAAGAGCGCCGUUUCUUUUGAAAGGUAAAGUUGGAGGGUGGAACAACUACUUUACUGCGGCACAAAGCGACGCCUUCGACAUGAUUUACAACGAGAAGCUACAAGGAACUGGUCUCGACUUUGAUUUUGAACUUUAGCUUAUAGCGGCAGAAAACUACACGACGAACUUGCCUAUCAUGAACUCCCGUCGUGAGCCCGGUUAUUGUCCAAAUAUUGUCCAAAUAUUGUCAUUUUGACACACGGCUGUCAACAACAGGGCCCAAUUUCAUAGCGCUGCUUAGCGGCCGAUUUUUUGCUUAC